AUGGGUGGUAAGACCGUAUUCUCUCAUCGGCCCAAGCCUGAAAUGAGGUGCGGCUUUCUGCUCCUCCCAGGCGAGGUAAGAAACCAGAUAUACCAGUACUACUUUCAAGAUGAUUUCCGCUGCGAGAUUGCCGCCAAUCACCCUAGCUUCGACCAACUCGCGAGAACGUCGUCCACAAAGAUCAAGCUAUGCGUCGGGAUCGCCAAGACAGCUGUGAAUGACCUUUACCGGACAAAAACUGAUCUGGACCGCUUGAACCCAACAACUAUCCGUGUAUCGAAACGCCUGGCAAAUCGACACCAGCGUGUACGGAGAGAAACUACAAGAUGGGAAACUUCACUAUGCCCUCUCAUUCUUGUUUGUAAGCUUAUCUACAAUGAAACGGUUUCGUUCUUGUAUCGGAGCACUGCAUUCGUUUUCGAUGCCCCGAAGCGAUUCUUGAAUUUUUUCGAUGCCAUUCGACUACGGCACAUGUCGUGCAUUACUAAGUUGGAACUUCACUACACUCCUUACCUCGCCCCCAAAAGGAUCGAAGGGGGGAAAGACUUCACCAAAGCUCACCAUACGGCGUGGACUGGCAUGUGCAAGACUGCAUCCAGAAAGCUGGUCAAUUUACAGAACCUCAAGAUAUACAUAUUCGGUGGUUCUCCACACAGGUUCUUCGAUCUUCGACAAGAGAUUGUCCAACCUUUUCUGCAAUUUCGACGGUUGUCCAUGCCUAGCCAGCAAACCAAAUAUCCACCAACUCUCAAAAUGGUCAAGGUAGAGUUCACUUCGUAUUGGUCGCGCGAACGGGCCUUCAUAGGCAACAAAGCUUUGGUGGAAGCCUCGAAAAAUCUACACAAACUCUACGGAGAUGCAAUCGCCAAAGCAGUAAUGGGGGCAACCGAGAGCGAUGCUAUGGCGGAACUCAUGGAAGCCUGGGAGGGGGAGUAUGCACGAUUUCGACAUCACCUGGGCUUUCUAGAAACAGGCUGGUGA